AUGACAAAUAAUGAUAAUAAUAAUUAUUCUGCUAGAUUUGUAAUUCCAACUGAUUCUGAAAUUGAAGAACUUAUGAACAAAAGUCAAGUGCCAAAUACUCUAUCAAACACAAAUACAUGGGUUCGAUGUUUAGAGAAUUUUCGAGAAGAAGCGAAUUUGACAUAUAAAAUCACAGAAAUUACUGAUAUUCAACAAUUACAAGAAGAAUUAAUAUUAUUUUUCGUUGGGUUAAAAACCAAAAAAGAUCACCAAGACUACCAUCCGAAUUCAAUUAAAAACUGCUAUAAUGCUAUAUGGAGAUACUUAAAAGACAAUUCUGCAAUUCAAUUUGUAAAUAUUUUUGAUCCUAUUAAUUUUUCUAGAUUACAUAAAGUAAUUGAUGGUAAGAUCAAAAAAAUUCAAGAUCAUGGAGAAAUAAAAAUUAAUAAAGCUGAUAGUUUAUCAAAUCAAGAAAUUGUCAACAUUUUAAAUCAUUCUACUAUGAAUGAACUCACUCCUGAUUCAAUUACAAGACGUGUUUACUUUUGGAUUCUUUUGUUAGGAGCGUGUAAAGGUGGAGAUCCUAGAAAACUUCAAUUAAAUUGGAUCAAAAUUGUUGCUGAUAAAGGAUUGGUUAUAAACUUUCCAAGAGACAAAACAAACCAAGGAGGACUGUCAGAUCCUACUAACAAGGGUAGAAUUAUCAACAUUCCUCCAGAUGAUGGAAAAAAAUAUACACCUGUUGGUGAUAUCCUGUAUUAUAUUAGCCGUAGACCUCCAAAUGGGAAUUGCACUUCCUUUUUUUUAAGAAUACAAUCCAAAAAAAAUAUUAGCAUGGGUAUUUGGUUUGUUGAUUCUCCUCUUGGUAAAAUGAGUCAUGAAAAAAUGAUAUGUAAUAUUUGCAAUUCAACAGGCAUUGAUGUUGAUACAAGGAAGUUAACUAAUCAUUCCAUUAGAAGGACUGUUGUACAACAACUGACAGAGUUGAAUAUUCUAAAUGAACACAUUAUGAUGAUAACAGGGCAUAAAUCACUAGCUGGUUUAUCUGCAUAUCAGAAAGUUCCUGUUGAAAAAUUACAUGAGAUUAUUUCAAAUAUUAUUCCAAACAGUUCAGAUGUUCAAGAAAUUAGUGAUAAUGAGGAAAUUGAAGAAAUUAUUGAUUCAGAAGAUGAAAAAUUGCCAUUAAAAGAGAAAACAAAUUUAGUUAAUAAAAGAUUAGGCACCAAGACAUAUCUUGGUGAAAUAACUAGUUUUGAUUCAAAGAAACCAUUUCGUAUUCCACUUAAAAGAGUAACUGAAGAAAUUGGACCAAUUGAAUAUAAUUCUUCACAACCACCACAAAUAAUGGUUCAAAAUUGUCCUAAUUCUAAAAUAGAAAUUAAUAUUUCACCUUUAAAUUAA